AAAAUAACCCAUUUCAAAAUCAGUAAUUUUUCAAGCUUGAAAUAGGGCAUUUUGAGCUUGAAAUCUUCACAUUUGGAAUGUUUUUUAUUCCCCUGUUUAAAACCAUAUGUAAAAAAAAGAUUGCCUAAGGGAUAUAAAAAUGAAUUUGAGAAAAAAAUACCAGUAAUAACAUGUGGAAUUGUCUUUUUUAGAUUUCUGUAGAAGACAAUAACCAUAUAAGAAAGCAAUGGGCAACUUAAUUGCAAUGUGUCAUUUCUUUUACGUACUUUAUUUUUUUAUAAAUAGUAUGUCCAAGCUUUAUUUAAAAGGUGCUAAUUAAAAUCAUGUGAUUGGCAUCACACAGGUUUCAUGGACAAAUAAAAUGAUAGAUCAGAUGGACAGAGAGAUGGCAGAAAGAAAGAUACUGGGAAAAUAUGGCUCAGACUGAAGUACUUUCUAACAGGACCCUGCUGAAUUUGAUGGGUCAAGAAGCUGGAAAACCCACAUGGCCAAAACCAGCAGGAGGCUAUCAAACUAUUACAGGGAGAAGAUAUGGAAGAAGACAUGCCUAUGUCAGUUUUAGACCAUCUCUGAUGAAUCAAGAAAGAUACUCAAACCAACACAGUGAAGAAUGUGAAGGAUUAGAACUAGACAGUGUUCCAAAAGAAAACUUAUUGUGUUCCAGUCCACGGGUCCAAGUAUGUUCUCCACUGGCAGAUGCAUCAUUAUUACCAAAUGUUGGAUCAGAAGAACCUCUUUGUGAAGCUGAAUCUAACCAAGCAAUCAACACAGAUACUUCUAUAUUUUCUCCAAUGUGCUACAAUUUGUGUGAUAGCCAAACUCUUGUCAACAGUGAGAGUUCUAAUGGCAGUGUGGAGUCUACUUCUGAAGAGCACAAUAAUCUUCAUGGCCAGAAUGGAAUUGCCUUUGUAAACAUUGACUCUUAUGAACCAGACAGCAGUGAUGGAGAGGAAGAUGGUUAUCAAAAUGCUAUUUCAUUAGCUAAAGAAGAAACAGGACUAUUUCAAGAAACACUGGACAAUAUGCUUUCCAAGUUAGAAAAAGAUAUGGACUCCUUCAGUGAUCUGCAGUCACAUCUGCCUAGUUUCAGUCAUAACACCAUAAGUAAAAGUUUUGAAGAUCUUAGACUAGUGCCUUUUGGGAGACUUUCUAGCAUAGAAUCAGAUACUGUUCAUCAAAAUAAGUCACUUUUGAAAACAUCUAAUGAAGAACCUUUAGCAAAAAAUAACCUUGUUUCUACUUACGAUUUGGAACAGCAAAUUAGCAGUAUAGCUGAACCUACAAUUAGGACACAUGUAGGAAUUUGUAAUGCACUGAGUGCUGCAAGCAUGAAGGUGGACCAGGAGAAUUCAGCUGAAUUGGUAGUAAGACCCAAAGUUAGAAAACAGAAUCCUAUUAGCCAGAUUGAUAAAAAACAGUCUAUAAUGAAUGAAGAAGAAGAAAAGAGAAAUACUAAAAUGUGGAAUGAGAAUGUGGAUGUCCAGCAGUGCAGUGCUGAAGUUAUCACAAAGCACAGUAAAGAAAAAAAAUCUAAUAUUGUUUUUGACCCCAAAGAGUAUGAAUUGGCUCAAAAGAAAGUAAAAAAUGAACCAAGGAAACAAAAUACAACUCUUCAAGACAAAAGUAAAAUAGAUGAUAGUGCUUUUUGGGAUGAAUUUGAAGACUGCAGUAGAAAUCUGUCUAGUUCCAACAAAGAUGAAGAUGACAGCUCAGAAUGCAGUGAUGGUGAAUGGUCCGCAUCCCUGCCCUCUUAUUUUUCUGCGACUGUGAAAGAUCAGUCCUCCAGUGAUGAGAGCUGGGAGACUCUUCCAGGCAAAGAGGAACAGGAACCUGAAGAGCAGAGUGAUAGCAGUGGUGUGGAAGAGGAACAUAAUGAGUUUGGUUUCGAAGCACGGGAACAGACCUCUCUAGAGGAUGGAGAGAUUCCUUGGUUGCAAUAUCAUGAAGAAAUUGAAAGUAGCAGUGAUGAAGAAAAUGAUCAAGCUAGCCAUUUUGUACAUCCUGGGUUUUUUAUGUUGGAUGGGAACAACAACCUAGAAGAUGAUUCCAGUAUGAGUGAAGACCUAGAUGUGGAAUGGAGGCUGCUUGAUGAAUUUGGGGAUGGUCUUGGUGUUGCUCAAGCAAUUUCAUAUGUGGAUCCCCAGUUCCUUACUUAUAUGGCCUUGGAAGAACGAUUGGCACAGGCCAUGGAGGUAACAAGCAUGUUCAUGGAAAUGACUUAUCAGCGUCUACAGACUGCCCUGGCACAUCUAGAAUCUCUUGCAAUUGAUGUUGAGCAGGCUCAUCCACCAGCUAGUAAAGAGAGCAUAGAAUGUCUGCCACAAAUUAUUAUUACAGAAGAUCACAAUGCUGUAGGUCAAGAGCAGUGUUGUGCUAUUUGCUGUAGUGAGUACCUCAAAGAAGAAAUUGUAACAGAGCUUCCAUGUCACCACUUCUUUCAUGUGACAUGCAUAACACUUUGGUUACAAAAGUCUGGAACGUGUCCUGUGUGCCGCCAUGUACUUGCUCCGGGGCUUCCAGAGGCAGCCUCACCUGCGUUCACCUUCUUGCCGGAUCAGGAUUCUGCUCCUUCAGUCCAGAGUGCCUCAGGGACACAAUAAAGGAAUACCUGAAAAAGAUUUUAGCCCAUCACAUUGUACUGUAAACUUCUUCUGUUUAAUGGCAACAUGGAAUUGUUUUGUGUGUGUGCGCAUGUGUGUGUGGCAUACACACAUACGCAAAAACAUGUAGAAAUUCACACACACACACACGUUUUGCAAGAGAAUGUAUGAGCUUACAAAAUGGUUUAGGGUUAUAAUAAGAGUGAGAAUAACAGACUGAAAAACAAGAAGGUUGCACUAGUUUUCUGCAGUAAGCAUACUGCUCUUAACUAAUGUCUAAUGGUAAUAUUCAGUUUGUCUUGAAAAAUGAUCAUUAAUGUGGCAUUUAUAUUCAAAGUAACACAGCUGCAGUGCAGUUGGAGCUUACCCAAGUUAUGCAUAUGAUACGUUUUACAUAAUGUUAGAGGCUUGGAUUAUUUCUUUUAAAAUAGUGCCACUUAAUUACUUUGUAUAUAACUCUUUCAUAUUUGCAUCAAAUGUGAAGAUGUUCUGUGAUAACAGCAGUAGUAUACUUUGGUUUCACUGGAAAUAAACAGCAUAAUCAAAGAA